ACAAAAACUGCAUCGGCUUCCAUACCCAUCGACACGGCACGAACUGGAGUGCAGGUAGGUAGCUCAAGGCCUUUUGGCUUUUCUCUUACUUGCAAAGCUUACGGUCCAACUUGGCGACCCCACACCUCCGAGCUCCGAUCACCGGAGAAUCAGAAACCGGACGGAGGUGAUUCCCGGCCAAUGGAGAACUCCGACGUGUUUUUGGGGCUGCACGACUUUCUUGAGCGCAUGCGUCAGCCUGGUGCAGCCGAUUUCGUCAAAUCCAUCAAAAGUUUUAUAGUGUCGUUCUCAAACCAUGUUCCUGAUCCAGAAAGGGACAGUGCUGCUGUACAGGAGUUCUUGGCCAAAAUGGAAGCUGAUUUUAGGGCUCACCCACUUUGGGCCGGUUGCUCUGAGGAGGAGCUGGACAGUGCUGGUGAAGGACUGGAGAAGUAUGUCAUGACAAAGUUAUUUACUCGUGUAUUUGCUUCACUUCCAGAUGAUGUGAAACAAGAUGAGCAGCUUUCUGAGAAGAUGGCUUUAAUUCAACAAUUCAUUCGACCUGAAAAUUUGGAUAUUAAGCCUGCUUUUCAAAAUGAGACGUCAUGGCUGCUUGCACAGAAAGAACUUCAGAAGAUCAAUAUGCAUAAGGCACCAAGAGACAAGCUUGUUUGCAUCCUCAAUUGUUGCAAGGUUGUUACCAAUUUGCUGCUAAAUGCUUCCAUUGCAUCAAACGAAAAUCCCCCUGGAGCUGAUGAAUUCCUUCCUGUCCUCAUUUAUGUUACUCUAAAGGCAAAUCCUCCACAGCUGCACUCAAAUUUGUUGUACAUACAAAGAUACAGACGAGAGUCUCGUUUAGUUUCAGAAGCAGCCUACUAUUUCACAAACAUGCAAUCUGUUGAAUCUUUUAUAUCAAACAUUGAUGCAAAAGCCCUUUCAAUGGACGAAAGUGAGUUCGAAAAGAACAUGGAAUCUGCUCGAGCUCUUCUCUCUGGACUCUCAACUGAUUUAGAGAAUCAGUCUAAUCCAAGUGAUCACCUUAUAGGACAUGCACCUGGAGCAGAAACUAUGGAUCCCAGACACCAAGCUUUAAAUGUUAGCAAGGAACCUGCAUUAAGACCCAAAUCAUCUGAAUCAAGACCUAGAACUAAGGUAGCAACAUUGAAUCCAAAGGAUCAGUUAUCAUUUAACAAAGUUCCAUCCCUCUCAGAUUUGGAGAAUAAAGGUGCAGAACUGCUUUCAAAGGAGGAUCGGGUGAGUCAAGUUUUUAAGGAGUAUCCCUACCUGUUUGCCCAUGCUGGUGACCUAACAAUCAAUGACGUGGAGGAUCUACUUAACAGUUACAAAGAACUUGUUCUUAAAUAUGUUUGUCUUUCAAAAGGGUUGGGGGUUUCAGCUCCAUCAAUUCCUCCGUUCAAUUCACAGACUAAGGUCCAGCAGAACGCUGAAACCACGAAUAAACAGGAAGAUACAAGGGCUGCAGACCCUAAUGAUGAGUCAAUAAAAGAUACUGGUAGGACAGAAGUUUAUUCAACCACGAAUAAACAGGAAGAUACAAGGGCUGCAGACCCUACUGAUGAGUCAAUAAAAGAUACUGGUAGGACUGAUGUCUAUUCAGAUAGAGUUCCCCUUAUAGAUGUGGAAAAUUCGGAAUCCCAAUUGGCACAAGAAGAGGCAGUUGCACCACAGGGUGGUAAAGUGGAAGAGACUUCUCAAUGAUCGAGGAGACUUCUCGGUGAUACUCUCUUUGGACAUAUAUGUCUUGGAUGUAUGUUGAAUCUCCAAGAGAACGUUUUUCACCUAAGCAAUAUCAUGAUUUAACCUUUGGUUGGAAACAAGCGACUUUCAUGCCAUCCAUUCUCAUGAAGAUCACAGGAUAACAGUGCAAAGUUUGGAUGGAAAUGAGAUAAAUUAACAUUUGGUGUGACAAUACGUCCUUAUAGGAUAAUGUGAAAAUGCAAGCUACGAUGUAACUCAGCUCUGUGCAGCUAGCCAGCUUGCAGGUGUUUUCUUCUUCCUCCUGUAAUCACGCAUCACAUUUGUAACACUUUGAAAGAUGAUCAUCAAUUGUAGGAGCUCAUGACAUUUGAUGGAAAUGUAAUUUUCGAAAUAGCUGCAUUUUGCUUUCCUUCACAAAGGGCAGGAAUGUACUUUCCUUUUACUAGGAAAAAGAAAAAAUUUCUUAGA